CCCGCUGAAGUUGAUCUGCUGCUGCCCUUGCUGAUGUACAGACCAAUCCAAUUAGGUUUCACCUCUAGGCUGUGAUGCAGCUCGUGCUUCAGACGAUCCAUUGCGUCCACACGCGCACACAGACACACACACACGCGCUCAGUGUCACUCUGCAGCUCCACACACACCGCGCGCACCCUCCGCUUUUACAUCUGCAGACAUCCCGACUCACCAUCUCAAGCCAUCGAUGGAGCAGCGCUCUUAGCGAGACAAGGGGAGCUCUUUUAGUUCCAGAGAUUUCCCGGUGUUCUGUGAGAUCUCCUCACCCUUUUCACGUUGAACAAAAUGUAGAACACAUGUCCGGUGAUAACUGAAGCCUCCGUUGAGAGCUAGGAAUCUUAGAGGAAACCCGCAGGCGUCUUUUCUCCCGUUUGCUCACACAGCGGUUUGUAUAUGCAAACGGUGGUUUACUUCAGGAAGUCAUGGAGGGACUCGUCUAAGGAGGACCCAACAUAGUCGUCUUUGUCCAGUUAUCUUCUGGUUGAUUUUCCUCUUCACACCUCUUCCUGGCAAGAGCCGCCCGUCUCCUUGCACACAAUGGCAGAGAAGACCGGACUUGGGGUUCCAAAACCUGGAGGAAGAUCUGCGGCUUCGCUUCCACCUGAGCCUAUCGAGAUCAUCCGGACAAAGGCCCGCUCCAGAAGGGUCCGUCUCAACGUUGGGGGCCUCAACCAUGAGGUCUUAUGGCGGACCUUGGACCGGCUUCCCAGAACCAGAUUAGGCAAGCUCAGAGACUGUAACACCCACGAGUCUCUAAUGGAGGUCUGUGAUGACUACUGCCUGAACGAGAACGAGUACUUCUUCGACAGACACCCUGGUGCGUUCACAUCUAUCUUGAAUUUUUACAGAACUGGAAAGCUGCACAUGAUGGAGGAAAUGUGCGCUCUGUCUUUUGGGCAAGAGCUUGAUUACUGGGGCAUUGAUGAAAUCUACCUGGAGUCGUGCUGCCAGGCUCGCUACCAUCAGAAGAAAGAGCAGAUGAACGAGGAGCUGAGGAGAGAGGCAGAGACUUUGAGAGAGAGGGAAGGAGAGGGGGAAUUUGAUAACACCUGCUGCUCAGACAAGAGGAAGAAACUUUGGGAUCUUUUGGAGAAGCCAAGUUCCUCAGUCGCUGCUAAGAUAUUGGCCAUCAUAUCCAUUCUGUUCAUCGUUCUUUCAACUGUUGCACUUUCCCUGAACACCUUGCCUGAACUCCAAGUGACAGAUGAAUUUGGCCAGGCCAAUGACAAUCCUCAACUCGCUCACGUUGAAGCCGUGUGUAUUGCAUGGUUUACAAUGGAGUAUCUCCUGCGCUUCCUUUCAUCUCCAAACAAGUGGAAAUUCUUCAAAGGGCCACUAAAUGUCAUUGACUUAUUAGCUAUAUUACCCUACUAUGUUACUAUAUUUUUGACAGAGUCAAACAAAAGCGUGCUGCAGUUCCAGAACGUGAGGAGGGUGGUGCAGAUAUUCCGUAUCAUGAGAAUAUUGAGGAUUCUGAAGUUGGCAAGACAUUCAACAGGACUGCAGUCUCUUGGAUUCACCCUGAGGCGCAGCUACAAUGAGCUCGGCUUACUCAUACUGUUUUUAGCCAUGGGAAUCAUGAUAUUCUCCAGUCUGGUCUUCUUUGCAGAGAAGGAUGAGGAUGCAACCAAAUUUACCAGUAUCCCAGCUUCAUUUUGGUGGGCUACAAUCACCAUGACCACAGUAGGCUAUGGAGAUAUUUACCCACAGACUCUGCUUGGCAAAAUAGUCGGAGGACUUUGCUGCAUUGCUGGUGUUUUGGUCAUUGCCUUACCCAUCCCUAUUAUUGUGAAUAACUUCUCUGAGUUCUACAAGGAGCAGAAACGACAGGAGAAAGCCAUCAAGAGAAGAGAGGCCUUAGAAAGAGCCAAGAGAAAUGGUAGCAUUGUAUCAAUGAACCUGAAAGAUGCCUUCGCACGAAGUAUGGAGCUAAUGGACGUCACCGUGGACAAAAGUGAUGAUAAACAGCCAAUGGACAACCACCUUUCUCCGAGCCGGUGGGGUGUUCCACAGCGCACAUCGUCGGAUACCAGCCUCAGAUCCUUUGACAAAAAGUUUUCCGACUGCGGCCCAAACAGCUCACAGGAAUAUGUGAGAACGCCGAGUCCACAGCAUCUGAACGCUCAGAAGCUGGAGGAAAUGUAUAAUCAGAUGACAAAGACACAGUCCUUCUCGGAUCUCAACACAAUCAACAACACACAACCUCCAGCUGUGUCAAACCAUGAGGUAGAGUUGGAGAUGAAUGAAGUCCCAAUGGCCACUGAACGGCAACCCAAGGAAAGAGCAAUCACCGAUGUCAGGAGCAUAUCGAGCAUUGACAGCUUUGCGAGCUGCACUGCUGAGUUUGGACAGGGUGAGAAGGCAUCCACCCCUUCUUAUACAGCAGAGCAGAUUCAGCAAAGGCAAUCAAAAGUACCUCCGAAACUUCACCUCAGCCAGCUAACACCCUCCGACAUGAGUCUGGAGGAGAACUCUGAGACUCUCAACCAAGACAUUGACAAGCCACCGGAGGAUGAGAGCUUCAGCGAGGUCAUAGAGAACAUCAGGAGCUCCAUUCGAGGCACAAAUCCAAUGAAGACUAAGGGCCUCAAAGUCAACUUCAUCGAAACACCAGAGGACGCUCCUCUGACACCGCCCAAUACAUCUUCUCCACAGGAUAUCAACAACAGUCUUCUGGAAGACGACUCCCCGGAGGGAGAGUGCUCUCCUCUUUGUUCAGAUUCAGAAAUGUUGGGUAGUAUCCCAGUGAAAGUCUUGGUUCUUUCUCCGGAGAUGCUAGCCGGUGGAUACCAUCCUGGAGAGACGGCACUGCUUCUGGGGAACCUGGAGGAACAGGAUUAUCAUGAGGAACAGAACCAAAUGGAAGUGGCUUCGGCAGCCAUCUCCUCGCCCAAACUAGCAGCACAGAACUGCACUCAAGUGGUAGUCGGUGGUAAUGGGGACGAAAAGCCAGACUCUAACCAAAGUGAACACAAGGUAGAGAACCACAUGUUUACGCCGGAGAUCCAUUUAAUGCCAGGGGAUGGCAAUCACUCGCCAUCUUGCGAAACCAGUAUGUGACUGUGGCUUGAGAUUUCGGACAAAGUGGAGCGCACUGGUGGAGAAGGGUCACGCAGAUGUGGUCUGAAAGAUAUUUUUGCAUGGCAUGAAAAGUCCCUUGUAAUUGUGUCAUUGUCAAUAACUCAAAAGAGACUGCAGUUUCUUGCAGACGAGACCUGGAGGAUGCGAGUGCAAACGAGAGGCUGGUUUGGAAUGUAUUUACCCAACAAUGAGGACAUUUUGUUGGCCUACCUGUACAUUUAACCUUUUCACUUUCACUAUUAUUUUUUAGAGACAGUCGGAACCAUAAAGGGACAGAUCUACAAGAGCAUGCAUAUUACAGAGCUGUUUUACGGUGCUUAGUUUGCUGAGAGCACUCCACGGUAAAUAAAAAGACUACAACAAUGACGAUGCACAUAGCCACAGAGGGCAUAGUAGAUGUCAGAAUGGUUUUUGUUAGCCUUUUUUCUGUUUUAAAGAGGGAAUUUUCAUCAAAGACUGUGAAAAGUGAGCUGCAAAGUAGCGACGUAUUGAAACAUAUCAUGACUUUCUGUAGAAAUGCAAUGUGUACCUAAUGCAGAUGUGUUUGUGUUUUAGGAAUGGUCUAUAAUGUCGCAUAUUUAUUUGGGGGUUUUAUUUUGUUUUAUUUAUUUAUUUUUGGUAAGGUACUCAAAUUAGCAGCAUCAAAUCUCUAAUCAAUGACCAGAUGAACUGCACCACUUUCUUCUUGAUAUCAGAGUUACAUAUACACCUGUAGUUGGCCAAACGAGAAUAGCAAUCAGAUAAUAUACUGUAGCUGUAAAUGCGAAUUAUAUAUUGACUAUUAGGUAUCGCAAUAGAGAGCGAAACCAGAAUAAAGUUAGAUUUCAACAUUCAAAAAAAAAGUUUUAGGCUUAAACAUAUAUCAUACAUACACAUGAGUAUAGUCAGGUAUGUAUGUGUUAACUUAUCUUUACAUACUCAAAUAUUCAAUAGCACAGCAAACAGUCAGUUUAAGAAAAACUAGUCUACAUAGUAGUAUUAGAAUAAUUUAACAAUUAGUGGUUCUGGUCAUUUAAACCUACAAAUGUUCUUCACGUAUUUCCAUAUUAAAACUCAAAAACCCAGUCAUCUUAGUAAUGCUAUAUAUACUUGUCAAAAGGACCAAAACAGAAACUAUGUUUUAAUUUACACACAGACAUCAAACUUAAUAAUUGUCUUCAUUUGACGAGAGUACAGUAGUGUAAAUGCCACUACAGUUUUAAUUUUUCACAUGAGUUGUUUCAUUAUUAUUCAUAUUUCACCAUAUCUGUAUCGUUCAGAUGCCUGACCUUUGAGUCAUUUCUUAACAAAAACUUUUUACAGAGUAUUCAAGAAUACCUUGUUCUCUUUUUGAGUUUUCCUGUCACAUGAGCGAAUAUCCGUUUUGUGUUGCCUUUAUUCCAAGAUUGCUGGAAAUGUAUGUAUAUUACUUGCUUUAGCAUGGCAGUGGGCUGAUUGUUCAAAAUGUACAUUGUGUUUGGAGAAAUCACACAAUCAGAAUUGUGAAAAAGACGGGGAGGAGAAGGAAUUCAAGACUUCAGCUUGCUCUGGCGGUUGCGCUAUGGUGGAAAGUGCAAUACAGCAUACUGCAAUCUAUGCAGGCCAAGAAUUGUGGCACUUUAUUUACAGUCUAAUGGAUUUGUAAGUGUACAUGCAGAGACUUCAAUUGUAUUUUUCAGAUGAUAUAUCUUUAAUAUUUGAAAUAGCAGUGUUACCACGAUUUGACGUUUUACAAAAAUACUUUGUGGCUGUCAGAAUCACUCUAGUUAUACUCUUCAAAUAAGAUUCUUCUGACAAAUUAGACCAGGAGGGUCUUUUAUAAACGUCUACAAACAGGUUCAUUUGAAAUAUGAAAAACUAACUUUUGAAAUGAUUUAAUGGGCUCCUGGAAAAAGUAUUUUUGUUUUAUUAAUUAAUGCUGACAGCGGUUCUAUUUUUUCUAAACUGAAAUUCUGCACGACCACAAUUUAAUGCCGUAUGGUGGUUUAAAUGAUGCCUGCCUCUUCAUUAACAUUUAUGAGAAAGCAAACAAAUCAGUUGGCUUUGUUCAUAUAGCACUGUACAGAAAAAAAUCUACUUUUUAUAGGGGAAAAAAAAUCAGGUCCUUAAGUAAUAGAUAUGCGUAAUAUUAAGUUCUCAGGUUUUCUACGACACUAAUCUUCUGAUAUGGUGGAUGUCUAUGUUUUCGUCAUUUAAACACCGCGUCAUCUUGUUUCUUUUGUUGUCGUUGUUUUUUAAAGAACAUCGUCCCAUGCCUGUUUCUGUUUUGACAGACUGUUGAAUAAUGGCCCAUCUCAUGCAUUCCCAAAGGAUGGCCAGCUUCCCUGCUGUGCGUUAUAUGCCUCAUAUACAGUGGCCCCAAAAAUAUUUGGACAAAAAUAUGUGAUAUUUUUUAGAAAAUAUCAAAUUAAGUUGAAUCUCUUUUAAAGAUACACUGCACAAGCACACUUUUAAAGCAGAACAUUUUACAAAAAUAAGAGACAGCAGUUUUUGGACACUUUUUGGUUGUCAAAUAUUAAUGUACAGUAUAAACUGGAAUGAAAAAGUAUUCAAAAUGACUCAAUUACUUUGAAAAAUAAAGAAAAGUACAGUUUUUUUGGAAAAAACAAAUCUUGCAAAUGCUACUUAGUUUGAUAUUUUGUAUGAAAUUUAAGUGUCCAAAUAUUAUAUGGCAAUGCCGUAUAUAAAUAUUGAGGGUUAAGUUAUCGGUGAAUGAAGUUUCACCGAUAACUCAACCCUAUGUCACGAUAAAUGAAAUAUUUUUUCAGCAUGUUAAAGCUGCUGCAAUUUCCUCAAGUACCACAUACACAACAAAAGAUGUUUAAAAGAAAUACUUCACCAAAAAAUGUAAAUUCUGUCAUCAUUUACUCACCUCCAAACCAAACCUAAAAAUAAUUUUAAAUAAUUGAUGUUUUGUCCAUACAACGAAAGUCAGUGCUGUUCAGUGUUGUUUUGGGCUGGACUGAAAUUGAUUAUAUGGACAAAAACGGUGUUCAAAAUAUAUAAACAUAAAAAGAAAGUCUAAACAUGAGUAAAUA